AUGGACUCUACAACUAACGUGGAACGUGGGCCAAACAAUACGUCCGGUGUUGGGUGGUCUGAAUCCGACCACAUACUAGAAGUUGAAGAGGCCGUGUGGCAAGAUUAUGUGAAGGAUAUUGAAAGUAGUGCAUCUAGGAAGGGUAAAAGGGUCGGCAAACGUAAACGUUUUAAAGAUGUGGAGGUAGAAGUCGUCGUCCUACUUUCUACUUUAUGCGAGAAGGCCGAUCAACGGUGGGGUCAAAUAGUGGUACGUAUUGGGGUCCAGCACGACGCGAAGGAGCAACGCAAGGUUUUGUACGAGGCAUUGAAGUGUAUUCCCAUCUUGACUACCGAAGGAAGAUUUAUCGUAUCGAAGUACCAUCAGCUGAAGAUGAACAAUGUGGAACGUCAUGCUAGCAUGCUACGUAUUGCGGAGAGGUAUCGUCGGCCCGGUUGGUCAGCGAAUGAGGAGAGGGAGUGUUAUCGGCUUUUCUUCAACCUUUGCCAUGAAACUCCCGACGUCAACGUACCUGCCAUCUUCAACUCCUUAUGGCCCCAACUUUCGAUACAGCUGACCGAAGAGAUGCUAACAUAUUUCUCCAUGGUGAAGGUUAAGGCUAAGACCAAGGCACUUCACAUGAACUUCCGGGAGUUCCUUACGUUUCUUGAGACUGCCAGUGUCAACGUGCAUGCGGAAUCAAGUCUUGUCACUGUAAAUUCUACGUACUGGGCAUACGUCGGCCGGUACGAAGAGUGUGUGGAGCUGUGGGAUCUUAGACGUGGUGUUGGUGUACACAUCGAGGCCGGUGAAAGAGUGUAUGACCCGAUCAUGUUUUACGACACAGAUGAGGAAAAUGUUGCUGCCGAUGACCCCCACGGUGGAGACGGCGCUGAUGGUGCUAAGUUGGGGGUCGGGAAUGAAGGCAGUGACAAGGCCGCUGGGCUAGACUACAUGAACGGCGAGGAGGAGUACGUGGCUGAAGCCGUGGAGGAAGAUUACAAGGAAGAAGACGUGGCUGAAGCCGCCGCAGUCAAGUUGGUUGACAUUGAAUCGGACAAGGCACCGGAGGAAAUGGAUAUCGACAUAGACUUCGACUCAUGCGUUGACUUAGACUAG